AUGUCUGAAAAUCUACAACACCAAGCUGCCGGCGACGCAACCCCAUUCGCAUUCAUAUGGCGUCAGCUUUUCCAAUCAGUUCCCUCUAUUCCCAGCGACGUGAAUCUACAAGGUCAAGUUGCUUUGAUUACGGGAUCCAAUGUUGGUCUUGGCUUCGAAUCCGCACGCCAACUACUUGCUCUCAACCUCUCGCAUAUUAUUCUUGCUGUUCGGUCCGAAAAGAGAGGAGAAGAAGCUGCAAAAAAGCUCCGGAUGGAAUUCCCUUCAGCAAAGGUCGAGGUCUCUAUUAUUGAUAUGUCGUCCUACGACUCUAUCCUGGCUUUUGCAAAACGAUGUAAAGCAUUACAACGAUUAGAUAUCUCCAUCCUCAACGCAGGUCUAAGUCAACCCAGCUACGAACGUACCGAGGGAACGGGUCACGAAGUCACAUUCCAGGUUAACUACCUGUCAACGGUCCUUCUCGCUCUCGUCUUGACUCCUAUUCUGCGAAACAAACAUGGAGUAGGAUCACCAGCUCGUCUGAGUCUCGUUGGCUCUGACACUUCCUACUAUGCCAAUUGGGACGGCAAAGAGUCAGAGUCUAUCAUGGAGGCAAUGGACAACCCAAACUAUUUCAACUCAUGGGAGGCCUACAAGACCACCAAGCUACUUCUGCUCAUGUUUGCACGCGAACUUAGCAAGAGAGUAUCCUCAAACGACGUCAUCAUCAAUGUGUCGAAUCCUGGCGCAUGUAGAGGGACACAGUUCGGGCAGAAGGAGCGCUCCAUAUUGCAAGAAGCUGUUUUAUACGUGGCAUCGCUGAUUCUUGGACGCACCCCCACUGAUGGUGCUCGGCAGUACGUAGACUCUGUAACAGCAAAGGGAACUCAGAGCCAUGGUAGCUUUGUUAGUGAGGGCAAUAUCAAAGCUUUCCCUCCGAUUAUGUAUGAACUGCGAGGUCUAGCCCUACAAGAUCUAUUAUGGGGUGAGACAAUGAAGGAGUUUACUAGUUUUGGCAUUGGGGGAUUUUGA